AUGUCUCUCCGCGUGCUCCAAGCGUCUACCCGUGCCGCUGUUGCCGGUUCCACCAAGCGCGCAACUUCUCUCGCGUUCUCUCGUGCUUUCUCAGACGUGGCCAAGGAAGAUCAGGCCAAAGCGAAAGCCCUUGCGGAUGAAGAGGCUCUUAUGACGAAGCUGCGCGACCAGCAGAUCGCUGACGCCGAGCGGACCAUUCUGCCGUUCCACGCGACGGAAGAGUGCUUCCCAGACAUUGAAAAGGCGCCCAUGCCGUACCCCGAGGAGGCUGCUAUUGUCUCUGGUACGGACAAGUGGUCGGUGGGACGCAAGGCCAAGCUGUUCAUGCCGGCACGGAACCAGAUGCAGAGCGGCACGCACCAGACCAAGCACUGGGAGAUCCGCUUCGAGUCUCCGCGUACGUGGGAGAACCCCCUCAUGGGCUGGACCAGCACGGCUGACCCCUACGUUGGUCUUGUCGCUAAGUUCGACACGAAGGAGCAAGCUGAGCACCUUGCCAAGAAACAGGGUUGGGAAGUGGAUAUUGCUGACCCUGCGCCGGUCGGUGACUUCAAUGGCAAGAUCUCAUACUCGUACAACUUUUUGCCGGAGCACGUUGAGACGCUGAUCAAGCAGAAGGGCAAAAAGUCGGCUGUGCAGUUCAAGCACCCUACUGGCCGUCGCAGUAACUGGGUGAAGACGCUCAAGUACCACGGUGACGGUGUCGUGGCGCAGCACGGAGGCGAAGCUCACGAGUAA